UGCAUCUAGAUUAUCUUGGUGCUGCUGAUUUUACACGUAAUCUGACCUUUGCCCCAUAACAUUUGGAAACAACCCGCUUUAGAAUGACAGGGAAAAGAAAGCGAGACUUAAGGUUUCACUGGAUGUCUACAGGGAUGCAUCCAUGCUCUUGUGACACGUUUGUGGCUCUGCCUCCAUCUACAGAGGGGCAACGAGUCAUCUUUGGGAAAAACUCGGACAGACCCUGUGAUGAGGUCCAGGAGGUUGUGUACUUUCCAGCCAGGGACUAUGGAGCUGAGGAAAAACUGGAGUGCACAUACAUUGAGAUUGAGCAAGCCCCGCACACGUAUGCAGUGGUUCUGAGCAGGCCAGCAUGGCUUUGGGGAGCAGAAAUGGGGGCCAAUGAACACCAGGUCUGCAUCGGAAAUGAAGCAGUAUGGGGAAGGGAGAAUGCUGAUGAUGACGAGGCAUUGCUUGGCAUGGAUCUUGUAAGGCUAGGUCUGGAGAGGGCAGACACCGCUGUUAAGGCUGUGGAUGUCAUCGCAGACCUACUGGAGAAAUACGGCCAAGGAGGAAACUGCAUGGAAGACCAGUGCGGCUUCACCUACCACAACAGCUUCCUUAUCUCAGACAGGACUGAAGCCUGGGUGAUGGAGACCGCUGGGAAAUACUGGGCGGCAGAAAAAGUGGAGGGGGGAUACAGAAAUAUCUCCAAUCAGUAUUCAAUAACAACUCAAAUUGACAAGGAGCAUCCCGGAAUGAGGGAGUAUGCCAAAGACCAGGGCUGGUGGGAUGGAGACACACCGUUCAGCUUUGCUGGAGUUUAUUCCUUCGUGACCACUUCCCGUCUGGAGGCCGCGGGGAGCCGCUACUGUGAAGGAAAGAGACUUCUAGAGAAAAGCAGUGGACGGAUCAACAGCGAGACUAUGAUGGACAUCCUGAGAAACAAAGAGAGUGGCAUCAAUAUGGAGGGCAUGUUCUCGAGCACGGGGAGUAUGGUGUCUGUGGUUCCUCAGGACCCCAGCCUGCCUGGUGUUCACUACUUCACUGGCACCCCGGACCCAGAGAGGUCUGUGUUCAAGCCAUUCAUUUUCGUGGAAGGCAUCAAGCAGCUGAAGCUCACCUGCUCUCCCUGCUAUGGAGAGGAUGACCCGGUGAAGAAGAAACCUCGCUUCCAGAGCAAACCUGACCGCAAACACCCGCUGUUCCUCAAGCACGAGGUGGUGGCCGCCAUCAUCGACAGCACCAGGGAAAGGGGGCAGAAGAUCAUGCAGAACAUGAACGACCUGGAGAAAAACAAGAUGGCUGAGAUGGAGGCAUAUCUGACAGGAGGAGUGGGGGACCCCACAAUGGUCGUCCAUCUUUUUACAAACACUGUUGAGGAAGAAUUUCAGGUAUACAGUAAAAGUUAAAAUGCAUGAUCAUCACAUUGCUCAUGACUGUGAUCUGUCUUAAAAUUGCACUACAAAGUGAAAACGUUCUCACAAUACAGAGAGCAAUAAUUCAGUAGCACUUCAGAUGAGAUACAAAUGUCAAGUGUCAAUCCCAGUGUCAAUGCAUUUAGAUGUACUAGAGCCUCUGUAAUUCAAUAGAUAUACUCUAAUCUCAACUGUCUGAGGUAAAGUUUCACUGGAGAGUUGGCUGUUAAAUCUGCACAAAAUAAAAGUUUACUUAAAAAGUA